UACUCCCCAUUCUUCGUUGCGCGUGGAAAUGUCAAAGAAAAUAAUUGAAAGAAUAAUCAGAGUAAAUAAAUAAAUACGCACGAACGUGUCUCCCACCUCCCCCACCACCAGGAACCGCGAAUCUAUCCACCAUUUACCGUCCAAAGACCUUAAUAUAGGCGGGAAGGGGGCAAGGCCAGGAGCCCAAAAGGUUCAUUCCGCGGAAGCGCGGAAGCGCAGAGCCGGUGAACGUACUUGAAAUCACACCGAGCCGUGUUCCGUCCGAAUCGCGGGGUCCUUCCACCUUCUCCCCCACCACUCCUCCCCUCCCACCCGCCUAGCUCGAGCACAUCCCCUGCCCCCUCCUCCUCCUUUGCACAGAAACGUCCCGUCGCACUAAUAAUUCGUGAGUACGUUGCGGUGAUGUUGAGCAUUCCACCUGCCAACAGCAACCGGGCACAUCCCCCCACCUGGUGGAUACCUGGCAGGAAAAGUGGCCGCACGCCUUGCAAUCCCAGCAUUUCUGUGUUGGUUGUGGCCGUGAACGGGGCUCAAGUCCAAGGGCACGUGAGGGAGAGAGAGAGAGAGAGUGAGAGAGACUGGGAGAGAGAGGAAGAGAAGAGAGGGAGAGAAAGAGAGAGAGAGAGAAAACAUCGAGAGUGCCUACGACAGUCUAUCUCGCGUGCGAGAUCAACCACGUCCGUUGGUCGCCGUCGAACUCACCCUGUGGUGUUCCAUCAACCGAGCUGUGGGCCCUGCGAACGACGCGUGCAGUCCGCUAUUGGAGACACAGAGAGAGAGAGCUAGCAGAUCUACCCACCACUAGCCGAGACUCGGGAAGAAUCAAUCACUGGCACGAGAUUGUUGAAGAUCGAGUAACAGGUGGAACGGCAUGAUGACAAGACUCAUCACGGCAUUGCUGCUGCUGCAGGCUAUCGCGAGGUUCGGUCGCGUGGCAGCCGCAGAUUCCACGCACGCGGCUGACCAGCCGGCCCCAUCUGCGGUCCCAUCGGGGCUUUCUGGGCCAGAUUACACCGGGCCAUCGGCCGGUUCCGACGAGUGCGACCCAGAAAUGGUCGGGUUCGAGCUGGUGACCGGCUACGUGUUCACCGCGCCCACGAACAUGCUCGAGUCCAUACCGGGAACCCUGAUGCUCACCGAUUGCUUGGAGACCUGUCAAGCGAACGAUUCCUGCCAGGCGGUCAACUACGAGACGGGCCUCUGCGUUCUCUUCAGCUCGAACGCCGACAGCAAUCCAGGUGCCCUCUCGCAAUCCCAAUUCCCGGUGUUCACGAUUUACGCCCAGAAGAGCUGCCUGGCUGUGAAGCCGUGCGAACGCGCCUGGUGCAUCGACAGGGUCCAGGGGCAUCGUCUUCAGGGCCACACACGUAGAACCAUGAACGCCUCCUCGCGACAACACUGUCUCGAGCUCUGUUUAGGCGAGAGAGAUUUCCUCUGCCGAUCUGCCAAUUAUGCAAACGCGACGAAACAAUGCGAAUUAUCGGACAUGGACCGGCUGACCGUCGCCGGAUCGAAUGCUUUCCAAUCGUCCAAGGGAUUCGACUAUCUCGAGAACCACUGCGUGGACGAACCGGUGAAGCUUUGCGAAUUCAAGAAACUGUCCGGCCGUAUUUUGAAAACCGUGGAUUCCGUUUACCAAGAUGUUGGCAGCACCGAAGAGUGCCGGGAGCUUUGCUUGAAUUCCCCGUUCCGUUGCCAUUCCUACGAUUAUGGCGACACAGGUGACAUGGUAUGCCGUCUCAGCCAUCACUCCAGAGCCACUCUUUCGGACAUUCAGGAACCUUAUCUGGACGUGCCGGAGGGAUCGACGUACGAGUUGAGCUCUUGCUACAACGUGACCAUCGAUUGCCGGGCAGGUGACAUGGUGACGAGAAUCCAAACGAGCAAAUUGUUUUACGGAAAGGUGUACGUGAAGGGGUCGCCGAAUUCUUGCGUGCAGGACGUGAAGGGGGCGCUGGAGUUCGAGCUGAAAAUGGCUUACGACGAUUUGGAGUGCAACAUAAGGCAGCAGGGGCUCGGCCGUUACCUGAACGACGUCGUGAUCCAACACCACGACACCAUUGUCACGAGCUCCGAUCUCGGCCUGGCCGUCACCUGUCAAUACGAUCUCACCAACAAAACCGUAUCGAACGAGGUCGAUCUCGGUGUACACGGUGAUAUAACGCCCGCCCUGUCCGAGGAAGUGAUCGUCGACUCGCCCAACGUUGCCAUGAAGAUCACCGAUCGUAGUGGAAACGAGGCAAUCCCGUCGGCCGAAGUCGGCGAUCCGUUGGCCCUCAAGUUCGAGAUACUCGACCCGAACAGCCCGUACGAGAUCUUCGUACGCGAGCUGGUCGCCAUGGACGGCGUCGACUCCAGCGAGAUAGUCUUAAUUGACUCGGAUGGCUGCCCCACCGAUCACGUCAUCAUGGGCCCCCUCUACAAGUCGGCCACCACGGGCAAGAUUCUUCUUUCGCACUUCGACGCCUUCAAAUUCCCUAGCUCGGAGGUGGUACAGUUCCGCGCUCUGGUCACACCUUGCAUGCCCACCUGCGAGCCGGUGCAGUGCGAUCAAGAGGAGGCGACCGGCGAGCUGCGCUCCGUCAUUUCGUACGGGAAGCGUCGUCGCCGUCGCUCGGCCGGCUCCCAGACCCGCGAGGACCUGCUUCUCGUCCAAUCGAUCCAGAUCACGGACAAGUUCGGAUUCGAGCACGACAGCAAGGCGUCGAACGCUAGCUCGGCUAGCAGGGACACGGUGUUCGUCGAGAGCGAGGACAUAUCGUCCACCAUGGGCAUGUGCAUCAACCUGGGCGAGGCGAUCGUCGCAGGGACCGUGUUCCUCGUAGCACAGAUCGCCAUCAUCGCCGCGUGGACGUUCACCUGGCAGAGACGCCGGCAGAUGCUCAAGCACCAAGAGGCGCUCUCGGUCUCGGUCUCGGUGCCGGGGAUGCAUUCCGUCCCCGGACGCACCGACAGCCUCUGUAAGUUGUACGACACAGGAUAUUCAGCGCGCCGUUUUUGAGCACCGUUCCCGUCCCCCCUUCCUCCGGAUCUCGAGCAUCUCUUUUGAAAGCUGUCCCCCUCGAAAUAUCGUUUCCUUGAGCUUGUUUCUUCAGAGAAGUCCAACUCUCUCGUAUUCGAACAUCUUCAUCCCGAAUUAUAACGGAAAUGGCCGCGUUGUUCGGAGGAAUCGAUCAAUUCGAGGAAAGAACGGAGGAAUUUUUUCGCACGGCAUCGUUGUAUUAUUAAAAAUACCUUUCUUCGUCUUUUUUUAUAACAAUCAUCCGCGUGCACCUCUUUCUCUUCAUUUACAGAGGGGAGGAGGGGGAUAAACGAUCGAUCCUCCAGCGCGAGGAGGCGAAUGGCUCCUAGCUAAUAAAUUGGUUUAAUUGGGUUCGCGGCUCGUCGGGACAUUUGUUGAAAAAAGAAGGGCAAAAUCUUUCGAUAACACCUGCAAUUUCAAUUAACGAACACUGGCGGUAAAAAGGGAGAAAAAAGGGAGGGGGAGCGAAGCCAUCCUGACGAUCGAGCUUAUUUCUUCUCCCCGGAUUCGCGAAAUGAUGCAUCGUUCGCCAACACCUUUCUUGCAGUUCCACACCCUUUCUUCCACCGUGCAUCAAUUGGCCAACCUAACAGUGAAACUGAACGCCGUGGAAACGCAUAUCGCAGGCUAGGAUCAAAUAUUACCGCCACAACAAGACCACCGUUACUUCCUCCCCGACUGCAUUUGUAUUUGUAUUGCAACGAACUUGUCGCAAACCAAUCGACUCGAGAUCGAGAGUCAUCGAAUUAAACCCUAAAGGAUCCGUUCGCAGAAACCCUUUUCCAAUCAGAUCUCAAAGAGGUCAGGCUCUCGAUCGAUAUUAUCCCCUCAUCCCCCUUCGCUCAUAAACCAAACUCUCGUCGUUAAUCUCUCUCAAUUUUUCUUGCGACUUCUUCGUCAUCCUUCUCCCCUUUCGAUUCCCCUGUGCUAGAUCGUGCGAGACAGGAGGGAUAAAAAGGAGGGGGGUGAAAUAAGCCGAAGCGGGACGAGGCGUGGUUCCGGACCGCGUGAUGGAGGUCGACGUGUACUUGCUAGAGUCGGAUACGGACUCUAAUUAGCAUUGGGAAUCGAGCAUGAUUAUGCAGAUGCUCCGAGUGGGGAUAUCAACAGGAGGGAGGGUGGAGUGGAACGACUGGAAACAGUGGGAGGUGGCGGGAACCAGGGUGAUGAGGGGAGGGGAGGAGGGUUGCAAUGGGCGUCAAGGGGUUGGCGGAAGGUUAAUUGCCUCUUGCGGCGUCUCGGGGUUAAGCUAAGCUUCGCGCUGGGGGAGGAUGAGGGGGGAGGGGGUUUAGACGGGAAUUCGGGGUGGGGAGAAGGGUCGUGGAAACGAGAACGGCGCUGGGAUCGCGUCAAGGUUAGAUACCUAGGGAUCGUAUAACCUAACAUCCCCUUCUCCCCCUCCCCCGACUUAACCUUAGCCAGAUUUCCUCGGCCCUCGGUGGUGGCGUUAGGUUAAUUUACAUCGCGACACGUGAGCUUAUCAAUCUGAGACGACUCGCUCUGGUUGCUGCGAGUUCGUGGCUAAUCAACGGGAUAAACUCUUUGAAGUCGUGGAUAGAAGUAGACGCGUGUAAACAGGGAUUAUUAAUAUCGUGAUGAGAGAGAGAGAGAAGGGGGUGAACGAACUCGAGCAACGAUGGUUUGAAGUGAUAGAAAAAUAUAUAUAUUGUUGAUUAAUAUUAUCAGGUUGAAAAUUAUUCGAUCUUCAAAAGUUGUUUCAAAAGUGCAUAAAUACAUUGGGUAGUAUAGAUAUGUAGUUAAUAGUCGCGUGGCGCUAGUGUCGCUUCAUUGGUUAAGAAUAAUCGAAAAAGUUCCUUAAGUAUUUUACAAAUAAGUCAGAAUCAUUUUGAAAUCUUUUGGUGCAAUGAAAUAAUCCAAAUUAUCUAUAUUAAACGAAUACUUUUUUCCAAAUUUCCAAAUUACGAAAAUUCGAUAACUGCUCAUCACGGUCGAGAAUGAAACGUUGGGAGAUUGUGUAUUUCGAAAUUUUCAUAAUUCGAGAUUCAAACAUAUAUCCGGAAAGUUAUAAUUGGAUCAUAACUUCGAAACAUAGAUCCACAAUGUUGUCGACACAAUAUGGAGGGGAAAGAUAUAACGUUCGAUUACAUUUCACGGAGUAUUGCUGUUCAACAAACCUUAUUUGGCAAAAUUAAGCAAUUUUUACGCGAGCCUAAGUGAAACCGCAACCGAACAAUAGACAGAUGGAUCCAUGGAAAGGAUUGGAUAAAUUUAAAUCGGUUAGGGUCGCGUUCCUGCGGGACUCUAUCGAUUCGAGGGAGGAGGGUUAAUUGAGAAACUUGAAAAUUUGAAUACGCUCGCCAAGACAAAUGGUGAGGGGCGAGCGAAAGAGGAAGAUAAAGACGGGGCAAAGUGUGAGUCCUCGAUUAGCAUGGGGACGUUUGCGUUUCAGUUAAACUUCUGUGGAUCUCCCCUCUGUUCGACAUUUGUCUAUCGUCGGCAAACACGCCGCAGACUAUCCGGUUUCUCUCUCUCUUACGAUUAUCACGAUAUACCGUCGUUCUUUUUUUUUUUUUUUUUUUUACCACUAACAAAGCCAUCGAUUUUGUCAUUUUCCCUUUCAAACUUUAUCGUCAAAAAGUCUCGAAAUUGAAUCUUGUACUUCCCUCUAAACAAGAAGAAUCGGAAUCGUCUGGUUGCACGUUUGUAACAAUAGACUCUUCCAAUCGUCGCUUGAUUCUGCGGGUAUAAUUUUCUAUAACGGGAAAGGACAACGCGUCGCGUCCCUCUGUUCUCCAUCGGUAAUUCGACGACUGACAACUCGAGUUACUGACAAGCCGCGCGCGCGCAAAAAAAAAAAAGAAAAAAGGAAAAAGAGAAGGAAGAACGACAAUGAAACCGGUGAAAAAAAUGUCACCAGCCGAGAAGAUAUCGAGCUAAACGUUGAAAGGACGCGCGCUUUAAUUAUUGGUACUAAUUGCCGUGGAGAUUGCUAGGCUUUCUCUCACUUCGCACAAUGGGAACGCGAGGCUAAAUGGGAUUUCUCUUUUGAGCCGAAUGGCAUUGAUUGAAAACUAUAGGAUACUACGUGUGACGUAGUUUCCCCUCUCCAAAACCAUUAGAGCACGUUAACCGGAGCCCUAUUGUCGGAGAACACGCGCUCCUCUCCUCCCGCUUCGCCGACUAUAUAUACAUAUAUACUAUGCUUACUAUUUUACUACCUAAAAGAAAAAAAAAAAAAAAAGGAACAAUCAAUAAUAACAAUGUAUACAACGAACGAAGAUAAGAUCGCCAACAACGGUGCCUGAACACGCGUUUAUCAGUAAGCGACGCGAUUUAUUCUAUUCUCUCUCUCUCUCUUUUUUUUUUCAUUUUACACUUACGCUAAGGAUUUUUUUUUUCGCUAAACGCUGACGUAGUAUAUCCAAUUUGCUUGUGGUGAGAGGGUAGAGCCAAUUUUUUUUUUUUUUUUUCCACUCAAACUCCGUUCGAACGACUUGGACUCCGUACGAACGGAUAGGAAUUGCGGGACGCGAACGCGCAUGCGCGCGCCGUGCGUGCGUGACUCGCCGCUCGCGAUGUUUUUAGAGGUAUCAUCCUCUAACACGCAUACACGCAUACAUACAUAUACAUAUAUGUACGAGAGCAUACGAGAUGGCGCAUGAAGAAUUUCGUUCUCUCUCGCCCGACGGCGGAAAAAGGAUUCGAGACAAUUGCAAUUCGUGAUGCUCGCAGUUGCGGUACAGUCAUCGUCGUGUUUUUCGUGGACAAAGUCGAGGGGGUUUGAGAUUUUCUCGCGCCAUCUUGUAGAAGAAGCAGCAUUAUUUUCUUUUUUUUUUUUUUUUAUUCAUUCUAGCUCUAUAUAACGAUAGAACGACGAUCGAACACUUUUCAUCGACUUGAUCGAACCGAAUUAUUUUUACCGAUAAUUUUUUUCCUUUCUUUUUUUUUUUUUGUCGAAUUACUCGGUCGAAUCCAAGUUUGAUCCAAGUCAAUGGAAAUUGUUUCCACAGUGAACAAUGUAACGUCGAUUUAAGCUCCCUUAAACGAGUAAUCGUCCAUAUUUUUUUUUUUUUAUUUUAUUUUAUUAUAUACGCGUAUACGAUGGAAGUAAAAAUCGUGCAGAUAUAUGACAAACACAUAUGUAUCGUCAUUUGAUUAUUAUUUUACGUAAUUAAGAUUAAGAUUAACACGCGGCCUGCUUGCGAGCAAGGUGCAGAAGCCGGUGUGAAACGAAUAAUAUUAGGCUCGAGGACGACCCCUCUCUCGAUAAAAUGGCGCCAAGAGAAUCACUUGCGCGUAAACACUGACGCCUUGGACUCGGCGCUUUCGUGAGUUAAGAAGUUUGUUUUCCCUCCUCCUUUUUCUUUCUUUUCCCCCCUCCCUCCUUUCUUACCUCGCCUUGUCCUUCUUAAUGAGCCUUAUAAUAUCCUCCUGCCCUCUUCUUAUCGGCGAGUGUUUACAAGUGUGCAGAGACGUCGGUGCUUGUCCUCGAGCCUGAGGUGCGCGCCUAUUCCGUCGUAAGCUUGAAAAAGCUCGAGUCUGUUCUGUACCCUGACAAGCGUGCAUGUUUCUUCCAUCAUCCCUCCUCCUUCUCUCUUUCCUUUUUCCAUUCAUUUUCGCCCUCUUUCCCCGCUGACCGACUAAUAAUAAUUUCGAUUACGCGAUCACGUACAGAGCUUACCCGGCUAAAUCGAGCGAUAUUCUCACUUUAUUUUUUUUUUUUUUUUUUUUUUUAAAUAACAACGCGCACCAAUCAUGAUGGCUUAUUUAUUUUUUACGUUUAACGUAUAACGCUCUUCAAGAAUACUCGUAUCUUGUCACGUUUAUCAUUUUUUUAUUAUUAUUAUUAUUAUUAUUAUUAUUAUUAUAAUUAUUAUCUUUUCUCCAUUCCUCUUCCUCCUCUUCCUCUUCCCCUAGAUUUCUAUCAUUUCGCCUUAUGCGUAUCUGGCAAUACGAUCUAGUUUUUUAACAAUGUCCCUCUUUAUUCGGACGCGGUGGCAACGAGCGCACACUUGUAUACGACGAAAGAAUCGUAAUAAUGUCGAGACGAGCAUGCGAAUAAUUUCCUGUAUCCGUCCAAGAGAGAAAAGAAUUCGAAUUUUGCGUACGCGCGUCCGAAUAACUCUGCGAAUAUAAUUUUUUUUUAUUCAUUUUUUUUUCCUUUUUUUUUUAUACAUAUAUAUAUAUAUAUAUACAUAUACAAGAUAUCAAGACGUCACACUUUGGCUAAUAAACUUCGUAUAUGUCAGUACCGUAAUACACACGAUGUACAUAGCAUAUAUGGUACGGAGAAAAUAAACUCAUUUUAUAAGGAA